AUGCACCUCGUUAGCCCUGCGCAGUACCGCCACCCGAGCGGCGCGUUCGAGUUUGCCUACCUCUGCUUCAACAGCGACGUCCUCGUGUUUCUGUACACGUUGGCCGUCCUGUUUGACGAAGACAUUGCGAUGGUGUUCUCGCGGACGCUGUAUCGGUGGCACCAGCACAGCGACAUGGACGUGUGGAUCGAACUGCGGCUCAUGGCGCUGAGUCUCCGUUGGUUGUGGAUCAACUGCCUCCUCCUCAAGGCAAGCAAGUGGCUGUGCAAUUACGUCAGCACAAAGCUGUACACCGGCCAGAACGUCGUCAUGGGGUGGCUGAACUUUAGCUCGGUCACGUGGAUUUACGUGUCGUACGCCGCCCUGGCAGCCCGCAACGAAUUCAUCGAGUACGGAAACUCAGUACGAUGCGACUUGGACUCCACCACGCAAAACAUGGACGCCAUUUUUGUCGACUUUUUCAACAGCUGGUACAUCCGCGCGUCGGGACCCCUCUUGGCGGUCAUUGUGGGGAAUCUAGGCCUCGUGCUGCUCGUGGACCAUGUGUGGAAUCGUCGGUGGUGGCGCUACCUGGCCAACAACUCGCUUGGACGCCAGUACAUGCUCAACUCGACGUCGAUUCUGUGCGACGAAGACACGUCGUUUAUCACCCGUGCGGGGUAUGCCGGCGCAAGCGUUGAAGUGCGAGCGCGGGCGCUGUGUACGAUGCAAUGGUUCCUGUCGAGCCAUGUGAUUCGAUUCGGGCUACAAGAGCAGCCGCAAGCCGUGCGCCAAAUUGUGGCCACGAAAGCGUCAACGCUCGGCCACAAUCAUGGCCAUCACACUGGCCGAGACUCGGAGUCGUCGGUGAGUUCUCCUCGCGGAUCGACCACUGGACGACGGGGCAAGGACGACGACAAACCCCACAUGGUGUCCCCCAUGGCCGACGAAGACAUUCGCGCGAGCUCUGAGUCCGCCGCUGCCGGUGACAAGACCAGCAGCCGCGAGAUGUACCUGAUCGUUCAAGAUCGAGAAGGGCACGUACGCAUGUUUGACGCCGAGAAGCGAGAGUUGCAAGCGCUUGGGCUCGAAAUGAAGAUUCUCCGAGACUCGACAUUCCACAUAGCGUAG